GUAACUUCCUGACUGAGAAACAGCGGCCGCUGCAGCGACACAUUGAGACUGAGACUCAUUACUCUCAGAUUUAUACUGAAUAUUUACACUGGGACUGUCACACUGAAUAUUCCUCCCCCCCCUGAGACUGUGAAUGAGCAGCAACUCCCGGGACCCUCACGUGACAACUCCCGGGACCCAGAGGAUCGGACGAUGUCGGACACAUGAGUCGAUAUCGGGAGCGACUGACUGAGGACAUUUAACUCUCUCUUCCCGGGACUGGAGAUCUGAAGAGUUGAUCAUUUAUUUGCUCCGGGGAGAUUUUUUUUGCUGGAAACCUUUGAACUGGAUCAUGAAGUUCCCCGAGCGAUAAUCCCACUCACACUGACCCAGAGCGACAUUCGCUCCCAGACACGGGCCCUGGGGCCCCUCUAGUUACUCUUAUUAUUAGUUUCCCAUGGGAUUGUAGCUGAUCAGUGCCGGGAAUGCCUCUGUUUGGAUUAAACUGUGGAAAGAAGAAGCAGCCGGAAAAGGAGCGGCGUCUGCGGGCGAAUGACCGGGAGUACAACCUGAAAUUCAAGUAUGCGACAAACGCCAUCAAGACCUCCAAGUAUAAUUUCUUCACCUUUCUGCCCCUGAACCUCUUUGAGCAGUUUCAGCGAGUCGCCAACGCCUACUUUGUGUUCUUACUCAUUCUACAGCUCAUCCCCCAGGUCUCCUCCCUGUCCUGGUUCACUACAGUUGUGCCCCUGGUGCUGGUAUUGGCCGUAUCCGCUGUGAAAGAUGCUACGGACGACUUUUAUCGGCACAAAAGUGACAAUCAGGUCAACAACCGAACGGUGCAGGUGCUCAGCAACGGGAAGUUUACGAAUGAAAAAUGGAUGAACAUCCAAGUGGGAGACAUCAUAAAGCUGGAGAAUAACAACUUUGUCACGGCAGAUCUGCUGCUUCUGUCCAGCAGUGAACCCAAUGGGCUGAUCUACAUAGAGACGGCAGAGCUGGAUGGGGAAACCAACCUCAAAGUGAAGCAGUCGCUGACUGUGACCGGGGACCUUGGAGAAAACCUGGAGCAGCUCUCACGGUUUGAUGGGGAAGUUGUCUGUGAGGCUCCAAAUAACAAGCUGGACACCUUUACUGGGACCCUGACGUACCAAGAGGAGAAAUACUCGCUGGACAAUGGGAAGAUCCUGCUGCGAGGCUGCACUCUAAGGAACACAGACUGGUGCUUUGGCAUGGUGGUAUUCGCAGGCCCUGACACCAAACUCAUGCAGAACAGUGGCAGAACCACCCUGAAACGGACCAGCAUAGAUCGGCUCAUGAAUAUCCUGGUUCUGUGGAUAUUUGUGUUCCUGGCUGUCAUGUGCAUCAUUUUGGCCAUAGGAAAUGGCAUUUGGGAGUCAAAUCAAGGCUACUACUUCCAGGUCUACCUCCCAUGGCCUGAAGGUGUGACCAACGCAGCCUUCUCCGGUUUUCUGAUGUUCUGGUCCUAUGUCAUCAUACUGAACACUGUGGUGCCAAUCUCUCUUUAUGUCAGCGUUGAGAUCAUACGACUGGGCAACAGCUACUACAUCAACUGGGACCGUAAAAUGUACUACCCUAAAAAGGACACCCCGGCCGAGGCUCGUACCACCACCCUCAAUGAGGAACUUGGCCAGAUCAAGUACAUCUUUUCAGAUAAGACUGGCACUCUCACCCAGAACAUCAUGACUUUCAACAAGUGCUCCAUCAAUGGCAACUCAUACGGAGAUGUAUUUGACUAUGCAGGAAACAGACUGGAGGUUAAUGAGCACACAGAGAAGGUGGAUUUUUCUUUCAACCCACUGGCAGACCCUAAGUUUGCAUUCCAUGAUCAUCGUUUGGUGGAAUCCGUGAAAUUGGGAGAGACCGCAACGCACGAGUUCUUCCGCCUGCUUGCCUUAUGCCACACGGCAAUGUCAGAGGAAAAGAAACCCGGUGAGUUGGUAUAUCAGGCUCAAUCUCCAGAUGAAGGAGCGUUGGUUACAGCCGCCAGGAAUUUCGGAUUUGUGUUUCGCACCCGUACCCCAGAGACUAUCACAGCGGUGGAGAUGGGAGAGACCAAAGUGUAUGAGCUGCAGGCCAUCCUCGACUUUAACAACGACCGCAAGAGAAUGUCUGUGAUUGUGAAAAGCCCUGAUGGACGCCUGACCCUUUACUGUAAGGGGGCUGAUACCAUAGUCUACGAGCUCCUUGAUCAGUCCAGUGAGGACCUAAAGGAGACCACCACCGAGCACCUAAAUGAAUUUGCCGGUGAAGGUCUACGUACACUAGUCCUGGCCUAUAAGGAACUAGACCCAGUCUACUUUCAGGACUGGAAGCAGCGACACCAUGAAGCCAGCACAUCUCUUGAGGACCGUGAGGAGAAACUGGCUAAACUGUAUGAAGAGAUUGAAAAGGACCUGAAGCUGCUCGGAGCCUCUGCCAUAGAAGAUAAACUGCAAGAUGGAGUCCCCCAGACCAUAGAGACACUAAGCAAGGCCAACAUUAAGAUAUGGGUGCUCACUGGGGACAAACAAGAGACUGCGGAGAACAUUGGCUAUGCGUGUAACAUGCUGCAGGACGAGAUGAAAGAGGUGUUUGUCAUUAAGGGCUGCAGUCCAGAGGAGGUCCUGGAGGAGCUCAGGUCUGCGAGGAUGAAGAUGAACCCUGAGAGUUUUUCAGAGAGCAAUGAAGUAAAUGUUCAUCUUCAAAAAAAGUCUAAAAAAUCCAAAAUCAUUCCCGAUGAUGAGCUGACGGGGAACGACAGAUUUGGGAUCCUCAUCAACGGACACAGUCUGGCCUUCGCCCUGGAAGAGAGCCUGGAAAUCGAGCUGCUUAGAACGGCCUGUAUGUGUAACGCUGUGAUCUGCUGCCGGGUCACCCCCCUCCAGAAGGCUCAGGUGGUCCAGCUGGUGAAGAAGUACAAGAAGGCAGUAACGUUGGCCAUUGGGGAUGGAGCUAAUGAUGUGAGCAUGAUCAAAACGGCACACAUAGGAGUUGGCAUCAGCGGGCAGGAGGGCAUGCAGGCUGUACUGUCCAGUGAUUUCUCCUUUGCCCAGUUCCGGUACCUGCAACGACUCCUUCUGGUCCAUGGGCGCUGGUCGUACAUCCGCAUGUGUCGAUUCUUGAGUUACUUCUUCUAUAAGAACUUCACCUUCACGCUGGUCCAUUUCUGGUACGGCUUCUUCUGCGGCUUCUCUGCCCAGACCGUGUAUGACGAGUGGUUCAUUACUCUGUACAACCUGGUGUACACCUCGCUGCCUGUGCUGGGAAUGAGCCUCUUUGACCAGGACGUGAACGACCGCUGGAGCCUGGAGUUCCCGGAAUUGUAUGAGCCAGGACAGAUGAAUCGCUACUUCAACAUCAGGGAGUUUAUCAAGUGCGUUCUGCAUGGGAUAUACAGCUCCCUGGUCCUCUUCUUCAUACCAUUUGGGGCCAUGUACGAAUCUGUCAGGGAGGACGGGAGAGCCAUUUCCGACUACCAGUCAUUUGCCCUGAUGGCCCAGACCUGCCUUCUGCUAGUCGUCUCUGUUCAGAUCGGGUUGGACACCGCGUAUUGGACAGCAGUCAAUCAGUUCUUCAUCUGGGGUAGUAUGGCCGUGUACUUUGCCAUUACCUUCACCAUGUACAGUGACGGGAUGUACCUGAUAUUCACCGGCUCCUUCCCAUUCAUAGGGACGGCACGUAACACGCUAAAUCAGCCGGGCGUUUGGUUGGCUAUUUUCCUGACCACGGUGCUUUGUGUCCUGCCCGUGGUCGCCUUCCGCUUCCUGAGGUCUGAGCUGUUUCCAAGUGUCAGUGACAAGUUCCAGAAGAAAAUCAGAGAGGCCAAGAAACGUCCACCACCUCCACCACCCAAGGCCCGGCUUCGGCGCACAAGCUCGCGUCGGUCAGGUUACGCCUUCUCUCACCAGCAAGGUUACGGAGACCUCAUUACCUCAGGAAGAAACUUUCGGCCCAAGAUUCCAUUCCAUCAAACGGGCAAAUUUGCUCCCAACGAAAGAGCCCGGCAAGCAAACUGGAAGUGAGGAGUCCGGGCGUGGGACCAGUAUGGCAGCUCCGCCCCCUGGGAAAGCCAAUCAGUUAUUUUGCUGCGGGACAGUUUGUGCGUCAUUCUACACUACCAUGUGGCCUUUCUUUUCUGCAACCGCAAUGUUUCCUCUUACUGGGACAUUGAUCUCUUCUCUGGGAUUAUAACAAGUGCCUUUCUAAUACUCUAAUGAUAAACGCCACUAUCACAGGGGCUGCCGUGCACUUCAAUCAAGAGCAGCUUUGUUCUUUUUAUGGGAUAAACACAAACCUUGGCGGCAGUCAGACAUCUGUCAUCUGGCAGAAUCCAACAUGGCUGCCUCCUGACUUACUCAGCAGCGCAUUAAAAAAACCCGAUUCUGUUAUCUCAUCGCCAAGUCAACCUUCGUUUUUACUCCGCCCAUUCUGUAGAAACACCGGCCACUUACUGGCCUGAAUUCAUCACUUGUGGGGCCACCAACAGCCAAUGGGCAUGAGGGGAAUUUCAGGGACAAAAAAAUGUAAAUUUUCCCUCAGAUUGUCUUAUUUGUACUAGUGUGUGUUAGUGUAUGUGUCAGUGUGUGUUAAAGCACAGGGACAGGGGUUCUACAGCUGAAAUGUAUCAGUAAUUUAGGUUUUCCGGUGUCUGUAAUUAAUGAUACUCUCAGCUCAGGAGCAACAAUACAAUGACGGGGGGAUUAGGGAAAGUGCAGGGUUGGAGCAAUGAAGGGAGACAUGGAGCUGAGGUGCAGAAUUAUUUGGGAGAGUGGGAUGAAGGCAAAAAUGAUUCCAUUGGAGACUUCGGCCCAAGAACUAUGUGUUAUGUCCUGGCUUAGAGGAAGGAGCCCACCGGGGUGUUUGCCAGUAGCCCAGCAGGCCAGUCCUGCCUUUAUUAAACAUACAGUGUGAGCUCCACACUAUGAGGGACUGCAACGAAACUCACCAGGCUGACCUCACACUAUGUUUUAUUAAGGGGGUUGUUCACCUUUAAAUUAACCCUUGGCAUGAUGUAGAGAGCGAGAUUUUUCAGUGGUUUUCAUUUUUUUUAUUGCGUGUUUAUUUUUAAUUCAGCAGCUCUGCAGUUCGGGAAUUUCAGCAGCUAUCUGGUUGCUAGGGUCCAAAUUACCCUAGCAACCGUGCACUGGAUAAAAUGAGAGGUUGGAAUAUGAAUAGGAAAGUGCCUGUGUAGAAAGAUGAGUAACGCUCUGCCUUUGUUUGAAAGCUGGAAAGAAUCAGAAAUAGAAGGAAAAUAAUUCAAAAACUAUUUAAAAAUAAAGCCCAAUUGAAAAGCAGCUUAGAAUUAGCCAUUCUAUAACAUAAUAAAAUGUAACUUAAAGGUGAACAGCUCCUUUAAAAAAUUUUGCUGUUAGAGGCCUGGAUUUGGGGUAAGCCCAUUGCAUGUGGAUAUGUCAUCAUAUUCCCUAACCAGGCCCAGAACUCUAACACUUCGGGGACUGAACACUUGAAUAACAGCAGAAUUGGGUGGGGGAGUAUGUGCUCUCUGGGGGGUACCUACUAUAGGUAUUAACAGACCCGGGCCUAGGGCGGUAAGAUUUCAGGGGUGACAUGAGGAUCACGAGGUCCAAGGGAGCAGCAAAGGGAAAUCGGGGCCUGGGUACAAGUCAACCACAGGUCUCACAAAAGAGAUUGGCCUUAUAUUAUAUUAUAUUGCCCGGGGUUAUGAGGGAAACGUCUGUCAUUUAUUGUAAUAUCAGAUCUGGGUCACAUUUGCCUUUAAGGAGGGCCUAUAGAGUGCGGCAUUACACCCCUUUGGGAAAAGGUUUUAUUAAGAUUUUUUUACCUCUGGCUGCAGCCAUGACACUGAGGUUGGGGGGCGGGGCAACAACUUGAUAGGCUGAAGUACCAUGUACACAAUAUCUGCGGCCUAUCAGGUCCUUGCACCAAGCCCACAAUGACAACUGCACCAGUGGGUUGCGGUUUAGGGGAAAAGAAAAUCUCUGCUAAAUUGGGGCUGGUGGAAUGAGAAUAUUCCAGCACUAUUUUAAAGGGUAAAUAUUUCUUUCUAAUGACCAAAGACAUUUUUGUGGGUUAAAAGCAAUAAUUUUAUAAAUGUGUUUUUUUUUUAUACUGAAUGUAUAAAAUUGUGAUAAUUUUCCACUGAUGAAUAAAUGAAAGUUUGUCA